UUAAUUUGUCAGGAACCCCAGGAGUCCAUUGUUAAAAAAGGGUGUUGUUUUUGUCAACACCAUCGAUUAAAAUCACCUGUCAAAAGUGUCAUGAUGGUUGUAUCCGAAUAAACGAUGGCAGAUGCUCACAAUUUCAACUACGGCUGGCAAAAUACACCUCCCGGAGUAACAGGUCAACCGCAGAGCUCAGCAGGUUCAACAGGUUCCGCACCUCCUUUUCAAGGCAGCAUGAUUAAGAAUCCACAACCUGUGGCAAAUGGUCCUAAUGUGGGUCAGCCGCCGCAGAUGUUCCAACCACCACCACCAGGUGUAAAUGGCAUGCCAAACAGCAUCAGCACUAAACCAGUUCCCUCAACGACCUCCAGGGCCAGGAAUUGGAUUUUUUAAUGGCACAAAUGCUCCUCCGUCUGGACAGCUUAACCCACCACCACGGGCAGGGAUGCCAGGAAUUCAGGGACUGCCCCAGUUUCGACCCACUGUACCUUUGCAACAGAGACCACCACCUCCUGCAAGCCAGUCUGGCCCCAUGGGAUCUCCUAGUUUGGGGCCCCGCCCACCAGUGCCGUCAGCCUUUCAGCCCCCCGUGGGAUCAUUUUCUCAACCUGUGUCUCGGCCUCAAGAGCUCCCAGACAGACCCAAUGAAUUGCCUGUACCAUUUCAUGGUCAUGGCCAGUAUAGCCACCAGAUUGGCAUGACCCUAACACCUGGAUUAACACCCUCCAACUCAGGUCCUCCCUCCCAGCGGUCGUCUCGUACUAACUCACCAGCUGUCCUUAGCCAGCAGAGUCUAGAUGCACUCGAAGGACAGUUCAGAGGAACACCUGACCAGGAGCAGUUGGGCCCAGGUGAACAACAGUCACUGCCCCAGAGCCAGUCUGAGCCCCUAGUCACACAGUGGCAGCCAGGUUUGACUACUGGGGUUGGAUUCUCUCCAGCAUCCCAGCCAAAUAUGACAGCCAUACCGAGACCAGUUGGUCCUCCUUCUUCAAUGCAACAAACUCCACAUAAUGUACAGCCUCCAAUGUCUGCUCCAGGUCAGAGGCCUGGGAUUCCCCCAUUAUCAGGGCAGGGAAUGCAGCCACAAGGGAUGUCUGGCCAGACACAACCAGGGUUUGGUCCUCCUACAUCAGCACCCAAUAGCCAACCUGCUGUUUUUCCACCAGCCCCUAUAAACCAAGUGCCUGGCUUUCCCCCACAAGCGAUGUCAUCUACAACUCAAGGGCCUCAGAUUCCAACUCAGCCACAGGUUCCUGGAUUUGGACCUACUGCAUCAACUAAGCAUGCAGGAUUUCCUCCACAGCCCCAACUAUCUACCAGUCAAGUUCAAGGAUUUUCCCCACAACCCCAGUUGUCAACCAGCCAAGUUGCAGGAUUUCCCCCACAACCCCAGUUGUCAACCAGUCAAGUUGCAGGAUUUCCCCCACAACCCCAGUUGUCAACCAGUCAAGUUGCAGGAUUUCCUCCUCGGCCACAGUCUUCUAUACAGAGACCUGGAUUUCCCCCAACUCCACCAUCAUUAGCCACUCAAAGACCAGGAUUUCCUCCACCCCCUCAGUCCUCAGCGAAUCAAGUUCCAGGAUUUCCUCCUCAGCCCCAGUUUCCAGCCAAUCAGAGACCAGGAUUUCCUCCUCAGAACCAGUUUAUGGCCAAUCAGAGACCAGGAUUUACUCCACCACCACAGUCAUCAGCCAAUCAGGUGUCAGGAUUUCCUCCACCGCCACAGCCAUCAGCCAAUCAAGUUCCAGGAUAUCCUCCACCACCACAGUCAUCAGCCAAUCAAGUUCCAGGAUUUCCUCCACCGCCACAGCCAUCAGUCAAUCAAGUUCCAGGAUAUCCUCCACCACCACAGUCAUCAGCCAAUCAAGUUCCAGGAUUUCCUCCACAACCUCAGACUUUAACCAACCAGAGACUGGGAUAUCCUCCACCACCGCAGACCAAUCAGCAGCCUGGCUUUACAACAACCAAUCAGCAACCUUCUUUUGAAAACACAGCUUCUGGUGCUCAACAGUAUGGGAAAAAUGUUCAAGACUAUGUCAACAAACCUUUAACAGCAAACUUCAAUAAUAUGUCUUUACAGGGAAGUCAGUGUAUUGAUUUAUUACAACAGAAGAAGUUGUUACCGCCUGAUGGGGUACCAGUUCCCAAACCUGCGAUACCAAAUGAUUCACGAAAUGUGAACUGCAAUCCUGAGGUGUUUCGAUGCACACUAAACUGCAUACCCCAAACUUCAGCAUUGUUGAACAAGUCCCGCUUGCCUCUAGGAAUAUUGAUUCACCCAUUCAAAGAUUUAUCGCAACUGCCUGUCAUACAGUCGAGUGUGAUAGUUCGAUGUCGCUCCUGUCGCACAUAUAUCAAUCCCUACGUGCAGUUUGGGGACAGCAGAAAGUGGAAAUGUAACCUGUGUUAUAGGGUUAAUGAAUUGCCGGAUGAGUUUUCAUUUGACCCAGUUACCAAAUCAUACGGUGACCCACAGCGUAGGCCAGAAGUGAGAUCAGCGACUAUAGAGUUUAUUGCCCCUUCAGAAUACAUGUUGCGGCCGCCCCAACCUGCUGUAUAUUUGUACUUAUUAGAUGUGUCCUUCAAUGCAAUAGAAACUGGUUAUCUGUCCAUGUUCUGUGAGACUUUACUGGAGGCCUUAGACCGUAUUCCUGGAGAUACGCGAACUCAGCUAGGCUUCAUUGCGUACGACAGUGCUGUUCACUUCUUUAACCUGGCCGAGGGCCUUUCACAACCCCAGAUGCUCACUGUGUCGGAUGUAGAUGACAUAUUUCUGCCAUGCCCGGAUGAUCUACUAGUCAACCUGAACGAGUCUCGCAGCCUGGUGAUGGACCUGCUGACUCAACUGCCCACGUUGUUUGAGAAGAACAUGGACACCCGCAGUGCUCUAGGGGCCGCUCUGCAGGCCGCAUACAAAAUGACCUCGGCGACUGGUGGUCGUAUUACGGUUAUGCAGACUGUGCUGCCCACACAGGGGCCUGGGGCUCUACAGAACAGAGAGGAUCCCACCCAGAAAUCUGGCAAAGAUGUAACCAGUCUUAAUCCUGCAAUAGACUUCUACAAGAAGAUGGCACUAGACUGUUCAGCCCAGCAGAUUGCGGUGGAUCUCUUCAUGUUCAAUGGACAGUAUGCAGACAUGGCUUCUAUAGAGUGUGUCUCUAAGUUUUCUGGAGGUUGUAUUUAUUACUAUCCAUCUUACCAUGUGGUCAGAACCCCUCACUAUGUGGAGAAAUUUGAGGUGGAUUUGCUCCGAUACCUGACUAGGAAGAUUGGCUUUGAGUCUGUGAUGAGAGUUCGAUGCACUAAGGGGAUAAGUAUUCAUACGUUCCAUGGGAACUUCUUUGUGCGUUCAACUGACCUGCUGUCACUUCCCAAUGUAAACCCCGACGCCGGCUUCGGCAUGCAGAUGACGAUAGAGGAGUCACUUACUGAUGUCUCCACAAUGUGUUUCCAGGCUGCCCUACUGUAUACUUCUAGUAAAGGAGAACGACGUAUCCGGGUACACACACUGUGUUUGCCGGUGUCCAACCAGAUGAGCGAGAUUCACGCCUCUGCGGAUCAGCAGGCUAUAGUGGCUCUACUGGCCAAGAUGGCGGUUGAUCGCAGCCUAUCAUCGUCCAUGUCGGAUGCACGUGAGGCUAUAGUGAACGCCUCUAUUGACAUCCUCGGCUCCUAUGGUAGCUCCCUGCACGCGUCCCAGCGCUCUAACGGCCUCCCUGUCAAUGAGCAGUUGAGACUCAUACCUCUUUACUGCCUGGCUUUGCUCAAAUCUACUGGUUUCCGUGUGACUGGUUCUGUGCCACUGGAUGAACGAACCCACGCUCUGCAACAGUACAAGACCCAGCCUGUGAAUCAGCUGAUACAGAUGAUCUAUCCAGACCUGUACCCGGUACACACCAUAAUGGAUGUGAAGCUGAAGAAGAAGGGCUCGUUUGAGUGUGCAGACCUGCCCCUGCUACAACUCUGCUCGGCCAACGUGGACCGCCAGGGGGCGUACCUCCUGGACACGGGAGACAUCAUGUACCUCUAUGUGGGCAGUGCCAUCAACGAACAAUUCUGCAAGGACAUACUGGAUGUGCCCAACUUUGCUGCAAUAAGAGAGGGAGGCAUUAGGGAGUUACCAGAGCUUGAGAAUGAUGGCUCUGAACGUAUGAGAACCUUCCUGGCCUCCCUAAUGGAUAACAGACCUACAGGGGCUGCCUUAAUUAUUGUGAGGGAUGACGGCAAGCUGAGGUUGCAGUUUUUCCAGCAUUUCGUAGAAGACCGGAAUGACUCUACUAUCUCCUACCACGAGUUCCUUCAACAAAUUCAAGGCCAGAUCAAGAGAUGAAACUUGAAGUAGCCUAGAAGCUUGAUAUUUGAACAUUCAUCUGCAGUGCUAGAAGCUUGAGAUUUGAACAUUCAUCUGCAGUGCUUAAUAGACUUUAUUUCAUAUCGCUGUUAAUAAAUGUAAACAUGGCUGGGCAUUUAUGAUCAUACAUCUAUGGACAACAAUUAAGUGUCCACAAGUCGAAGACAGUGUUGUUUUAAGCAGGCAAACAUGGGAUAAGUGAUCGUAGCUUAAUUGCUUCUAUGCUGAUCUUCUUUAACUCAUCGGACAAGCAGGGGUCAUAUAUAACAGAGCCCUAAACCUUUGGUAUAUAAGCAGCAACAGGUCUAGAAGAGUACUGAUUACUGAGGACAUUUAGUUAGACUGAAUUGUUAAAUACAGGGCAUUGUUGAGCGAGUUCAAAAUAAAGAAUUGUGAUGUUAAAUCAGGGAUCAUAUUUUUUUCGGUUUUGUCGGUCCUAGACCGAUUGGGGUCAUGAAAGACCGAUUGAAAAUCCCAAACAGUCGGUCCGAUUCUGUUUGCUAUUUAAAUUCCCAUGUCAUGAAAUCGAUUACACAGUGUACAUGCUAACACACCCUAAUGACAAUCUUAUCUCGAUUAGGUGUCAUAAACCAUUCGCUGCAGUCUCUAAACCGGUCAGGACCGGUUUAUUGCACGUCAGACCAAGAAUCAAAAACUUGUGAACAGCGGAUUAAAGACGCAUCCGAAAAGACGCGUCUGAAUGCACGCGCCGUAACAAAACAAAACAUGCCGAUUCAUUUUCCACCAGCGUAAUAAUCCGGUAAUAUAAUAUGAAUGAAAGUCGCGGAUCUGAUCGACAGAACAGCCGAAAGUUAUUUUUAUGGGCGGAACUUCAAAUAAAAUAGUACACAAGAAAAAUAAUAUACAUUGAAUUAAUCUUUAGUAAAACCGUGUUAGAAUCGAAAUAAUUCGUGUACUUUAUACUUUGUUGUUGAAUAACUCACGACCGGAAAAUUAGAUGCGUGGUUUCAAAUGCUUCGCUCUCGUGAUUAAAUCCCUACGCAUCUAAACUAUCGUCCGUGGGUUAUUGACAACAAAUUAUUUAUUAAAUAUUUGGUUGUUGUUGUCAGUAGCCAACCUACGCACAGACAUUUGUUUGGUUCAGUGCAUGUUUGUGAGCUAUUAUCGAGUCGACAACAAUUAAAAACAUCGGUAUAGACUUAUACAGAUUAAUAAUAUUGACAACGAUGAAAAAAGUCUGAUAAAACCAGAUGAGAAAACUCGUUCCGUUUUUAAAAAAAAUGCCUAAGGGAAUUUUACUUGUACAUGUAUUAUACCACCUGCAUGAAUGGCAAAAUAAAUGGUAUAUAUUUUAACGUAAUUUGUCAUGAUUUCGGAUAUACAUUUUCGGAUACUUUUCCCCAUUUAUAUCCGGACCGAUUGAUGUUGCGGGAAAAUAUGAUCCCUGUGUUAAAUGUCUUAUAUAUUUGCAGUAAAUGGGUUCUUAAUGCACUGGCAAGUAGAUUUUAGGUCAGAGCAAUUAGCUUUGCAUAGAAAACUGUUGGCUUGAAAGUUUAUGUCCAGCCCUGGUAUAGUAGAAAGUGAAGGCCCUCUUAUGCAUUUUCAAUAUGGUGGUGAUUUGUUAUUUAGUGGUAGUGUUAAUUGUGAAAUAUUUUUUGAUUGAAUGAAACAGGUGGUUUUCACAAGAAUUGGAGGAAAUAUAGGGAACUUAAAUUAUGUAAACUGCAGUGCAUAUGAAUGUAUUUAUGUUAAUUAUAAAUAGGUAAAUUAUGUUAUUAAAAAUUACAGUAUUGUAUUUAGUGAUUUAUUACUUUACAAACAUCAUUAACUAACUUGGUUACAUUGACGGCAUGAAAAAAUAGAGCUUUAAAGAUGAAUGAAUGUGUAUAUAGAAAAUCUGCAUUGAAUUGGGGCAGAAACAAUUUGCUCUUCGAUUGUCAACCUUAAUUAUUAUUUAUGGUGGUGAAUCAUUAUUGAUUGUCUGUUAUCUAAUGACCUAUAAAACAUUAUGGAAGAAGUUUAAUAUUAUAAUUAUUUUUUAUAUUCAUUGUGAAUACUGUAUAAUUAUAUAUAAUAAAUAUGCCAUUGUAUAUUGUGUAACAGAACUAUUUAUUGACUUAUUGUGCUUACUGUUUAUUUUAAUUUUGUGAUAAAGAACACUGUGUAAAUUGUGUUGAUGUGUUUUGACACAUGCAGUUUGCCAAGUUUGUGAACAAUUAAUUUCAUGGAUUUUAUGUAUACUGCAAAAUAAUAAAAUUUAGCAUAACAUUAAUAUUCUUCCAUUUAAUGACUAGAAUGAUCAGCCUUUUUAGAUACAAACUAAUGUUAUUUUAUUGGUUUUCAGAUAGUACAUUCAUAUCAUUGUGAUAGAAAAAACAACAGAGGGACAAAUUACAGCUGCAAAACUCAUGAUUGGAUUAAAGUUAAAUGAAUAAUUGAAGUGAAGUACAUGACAAUACGUAAUGGGCUUUGUUACCUUGUUUUUCUAAGACGAAGCCUGUCUUGCAAUGUAGAAGGAAUGUUCAUGUUUUUGCAUAAAACAGUCAAUCUAAAUGAUUAAAUAUCGCCCCUUGGUGCAAAAAUGGUUCCAUUUGGCAUUGAAAUUAGAAGGCACAUGGUACCUUUUUGCACCAAUGGGGUGAAUUAUGUUGUCAGUCAAAUUGCAUUGUAUGUUUAUUUAAAUACAAUGUUCAUGGUUGUUAUAAAACUAAAAGGGAAGUCUAUAAAUAUAAAUUUAUUAUUUUACAUAGUAUAGUUGUAAAAUAUAUAAAUUAUAAAAUUGCAUUAGAGUUUGGAGUAAAUAUUCUACCCUAAUUGUCAAUGGUCAAUAGUAAAGUUCAAAGAUAAUAUAAUCAAUAACGAACUCUCAGUCGACUAUACUGUGUCCAAUUGUUUAAAACAUUAUUGCAUACAGAAAUGCAUAUAGACAUAUCUCGACAUAUCUGGAAACACUUGUAGAGGGUAGAAAACUGCUGUGUCUUGAUUAUGUAGCUCAUAUUUUGGAAAGCUCAGAUAGAUUAUCCAAAUUGCUGAAGCUCUUGUGUUAGUUUGCUUACCAAAUUUUUUUUAAUUCAAUUAUGUUAAGGCUUUGUAAAAGCCGUUUUUGUUCAUUAUAUUAAUGGAGAUACUUAGUGUAUUGAGUGUUUUUCAUUGAACUUUUGUCUUUCUUUUUAAUUGUAUUUCGUCUUUGAAAAAAAAGAGUUGUUGCAGAGAAUACAGUGUACUUAAUUUGUUUAAAACAUUGUAAUUCACUUAGAUAUACAUUUCUCUCUGAGGGAAACUUUGAUGAACUGUUUCAUUCAUUUCACUCAAGUUUUUGUUUAGGGCAUUGGCAUAAACAUACAUUUGCUGUAGUAUAUUUGCUAAUUUUGUUGUUUGACUGUUUAAAAAGAUGAACAAAGAUGAUUUUCAGUAUGUAUUUUACAUUCUUGAUAUGUGCUUGAAACUAAAGUAAAUUUUUGUUUAUUAAGUGAAUGAUUGCAUAUUAACAUGUGGUGUAUAUUUAACUUCAGUGAAGUUUCCUGCAAGCCUUUUUGUCACUUUGAGUGAACAAGAAUUUCAUUGCUUUAAACGCUUUAUGUACAUGUGUAAUAUAUUUUAGCCUAGCUCGUGGUAAAACCGUGAUUUAUGCAUGUGCAUAAAGUAUCCAUCUAGUUUAGCCUGUGCGAUCGGCACUGCCUAAUCAUGAACAACACUUCAUGCCUAGACUGGAUAUUCUUUUUCUUUUAGAAGAGACUACCAUCAUACGGAAAAUUUUCUUUAACUCUUUCAGUGCUGGAACCGAAUUUUGAAGGCCUUUGGAAACAGUUUGGAUCCAGAUGAGACGCCACAAAACGUGGCGUCUAAUCAGGAUCCAAACUGUUUGCUAUUCUGAUAGUAUUCUUUGAAAAAAAAAUCGAAGAAAAUGCUAAUUUUAGAAAUUCAGCAGACAACAUUUUAGCAGACGACAAAUUUCCCAGCAUGCAAAGGGUUAAAGUGGAAAGUACCAUCCCUCAUGAGCCUGUGCAGUGAUGAUACUUUACACACACGCAUUUAUCCCGCGUUUCCCACAAUGUGGCUCAUAUUUAUAAAUAUGUUGUAAUUGUGUGGUAAUUUACAAUCUUCAAUUACUGCUUAAAUGGUUUGGACACAGCCACACCUGUUAAGGUUGAAGUUUUUUAUGAUGCCAUUCUAAACAUAAUACACAUUCAAGUUGAUGUAAUGACGUACUUUGUAUAUUAACAAUUAAUGUCGCCACAUAUGUGGUCAUUAUACUGGUGAAUAAUUUAUAUGUGGACGUUUUACCCUUAUUUUAUUAUAUAUGUUGUGUGAUGCAUGUCAUUAUGUUUCAUUUGAUGUUGUUCAAGUGGACUGUACUUUAACGAAAUUAGAGUGUAAUAUAAUUGUUAUAUUGAAACCCAAUUAAAUGCUGAAAUAAUUGAA